UUCAGAGAUUGAGACUUUCCCACCCCCAGGCUGAAGGAUGGAGACUUACGCCUUUUAUUUCUCUUUUCCUUUCUUCCCGUCUUCCUGACCCCGUUUCUAUCUGUGUUCGUCUGCCUCUCUUUCUCGGUGUCUAUGCCUCCUGUGCCGUCCGCUUCUGUGUCUCUCUGUCUCUGUCUCCUCCCACCGUCCCCACCUGUCCGCACCGCCUCAGGUCUCUCGGACCCGGUUCCUCAUACUUCCCCUCCCCCUUACAAUGCCCCCCAGCCUCCGGCCGACCUCCCCGCCCCGCCUCUUCAGGCACCCUCCGCCUCCCAUCACCACCAUCACCAUCACUACCACCAGUCGGGCACCGCCACGCUCCCAAGAUUAGGGGCUGGGGGGCUGGCCUCCUCAGCAGCCCCGGCUCCGCGGGGUCCCUCGUCCUCCGCCACCCUGCCCCGCCCUCCUCACCACGCCCCCUCGGGACUGGCCCCCGGGGCUUCCGCUCCCGGCUGCGCCACCUUGCCCCGCCUGCCCCCGGACCCCUACCUCCAGGAAACCCGCUUUGAAGGUCCGCUGCCCCCUCCCCCCCCGGCGGCCGCCGCCCCGCCCCCCCCCGCGCCUGCUCCUCCGGCUCCUGCCCAGGGCUUUGUGGUGCCCACGCACCCCGGCACCGUGGGUACGCUGCCCCUUGGAGGCUACGUGGCCCCUGGGUACCCGCUGCAGCUGCAGCCCUGCACCGCCUAUCUGCCGGUCUAUCCCGUGGGCGCCCCGUACACCGGGGCGGCUCCGGGAGGGGCUGGAGUGACCCCCACGCUUUCCCCCCCGCCCCUGGGCCCGGGGCUCGCGCUGCUGGAGCCCAGGCGCCCGCCCCACGACUACCUGCCCAUCGCGGUGCUCACCACCAUCUGCUGCUUUUGGCCAACCGGCAUCAUAGCUAUUUUCAAGGCGGUCCAGGUGCGGACCGCGGUGGCCCGGGGAGACAUGGUGUCGGCCGAGAUCGCCUCCCGCGAAGCCCGGAACUUCUCCUUCAUCUCCCUGGCCGUGGGCAUCGCAGCCAUGGUGCUCUGCACCAUCCUCACCGUGGUCAUCAUCAUCGCCGCGCAGCACCACGACACCGACUGGGAUCCUUAGGGACUUUCCUUCUCCGGCCUGGAGACUCGGCAAACCCAGCUUCCUGCGGUGCCCCUUCCUCCCCCUUCCUCUCCAACCCCCCGUCCCUCCUCCU